AUGGGCACGGGCUUAUUCUACAACCCUGAAGAACGCUUGCCACCUAUGAUUGUGGGUGCUGCAGCUCUGCCCAUUGGAUUGUUUUGGACGUCAGAUCCGCACAUCAGCUGGGUUCCAUCAGUCCUCGCCACCGCCCUCAUUGGUGGAGGCUGUCUAGUCACCUUUUGGAACUAUAUCAUCGAUUGCUACUCCAACAGCGCUAUCGCUAUCAACACCUUCAUUCGAUUUCCACUAUUUGCACCCGCCAUGUAUCAUAACCUGGGUGUGGCCUGGGCCACCUCUCUUCUCGCCUUCCUUUGCGUGGCAUUCUUUCCGUCCCAUUCUAUUUUACAAGUAUGGCGCGAAGAUCAGAGGAAAAUCGAGGUUCAUACGAACAGUCAUAUACGGUUCAGCCUUUGA